UAAUUAAUUAUUUCUUCCUCUUUCAACCCCUUCCUCUUACUCCUCGUCUUUGGCUUCCUGUCUCUGGUAUCCAUUCGCUUCGCAUGGCCAUGUUCCCUGGUUGUAAAUAAGCAAGUCACCGAUCACGAUAUCAUCGCCCAACCUAGCUGGCCAGAUCCAGCACCGGUUACAUCGGAGAACCCCAUAGCAUAGGGCCGCCACUCGUUCUGCCAAAGGGCAUCAUCUACCCUCGCUCGAAUAAAAGUCUUUCGUUUCCUUGUCAUUGUCUGACCAAGGCUUCUCUUAUCUGCUUCACCCACCAAGUUGUACUUCCUAUUCUUCUGGCACUUACAUCCAAACCCCCUCCCCUCCCUUUCCCCCUCCUUCUUCAUUGCCAAUAAUGGAGAGCCCUCGACAGUCCGACGCAAGCUCUCCGGUGGAGCUCUGCUCCCCGGGCUUCGUGGAUACGCCAGCGACGCAAUCGUCCGUCUUGUUUGAUGGCAAUCUCGAAGAGUUGCUGCGCAACUUUCCCCUCGAUCAGUACAUCCUCGUUACAGGGGGUCUCGGGUUCAUCGGAAGUCACACAACAUUGGAGCUACUCAAAGCCAAUUAUAAUGUAAUCGUGAUCGACAAUCUCAGCAACGCCUUCCAGAGCGUCUUCGACCGCAUCAAGCAGCUGGCGUCCAACCAUCAUGAGCAACAAGGAACAUGCAUGCCUUCCUUGCAGUUGCAUGCCCAUGAUUACCGGGAUACGGCUGCUCUCCGCGAGCUGCUCGAUCAAUACCAGGCGCCCUCGCGGUGGGGGUCCCCCAAGUCCAAGAUUGCUGGCGUCAUCCACUUCGCUGCUUACAAAGCAGUUGAGGAGAGUAUCAGGAACCCUCUGAAGUACUAUGCCAACAAUGUCAGUGGUCUCAUCGACUUCGCCACCACCUUGGGUGACUAUGGCAUUAAGACCUUCAUCUUCUCGUCGUCGGCCACCGUGUACGGCACGCUGGCAACCUCCGGCCUACCGCUGAAGGAGGAACUCUGCGUCCACAAGGAGGAGACCUUCAAGGACCACACCGGAACCGAGCAACUCAUCAGACCCGGAUGCACGGGCAUUACCAACCCUUACGGGCGCACCAAAUGGAUCUGCGAGGCCAUCCUAGCGGACCUCGCGGUCUCCGAUCCCGAAUGGACCAUCGUGGCCCUUCGGUACUUCAACCCCAUCGGAUGCGAUGAGUCAGGCCUCCUUGGCGAGGAUCCUCGCCAAAUACCUACCAAUCUCCUCCCCGUCGUCGUGAAGGUUAUGACGGGCCAGUAUGCGGAACUGCAAAUGUUCGGCACGGACUGGGACACCGAGGACGGCACUGCCGUCCGCGACUUCAUCCACGUCACCGACCUUGCUCGAGGGCACAUCGCUGCCCUCAGUGCCGCCAACGAAGGCAAGUUGGUCGAGAACUUCCGUACCUUCAACCUGGGCACGGGACGUGGCCACUCGGUGAUGGAGGUGGUGAAGACCAUGGAGAGCGUGUCCUCCAAGCCCAUUCCCCGCAAGGCGGCUGGACGUCGUGCUGGCGAUGUGGGCUCGUGCGUCGCAGUGGCGACCAGAUCCCAGAACGAGCUUGAGUGGAAAACGGAGAAGACGCUGAAAGACGCGUGUGUGAACUUGUGUAAUUUCCUAGAUGUCAGUGGCCUCUCCUCGUAGGCCUCGGAUCUUGUUUUAAUCAUCCUGUUUCAUCUAUGUGGCGCUUGGUUUGGUGUUUCGCUUUCCAUGGUUUUCUUUUCGUUUGUCAUCCCGUGACUGUCAUAAUCUUCUCUUGGUUACCACCUUUCAUAUAUCCUUCGCUAAGCCUCCUCGUGUGUUGGGAGAUAAUUCGACAGCCUGAAGCAACUCAUCUUAUUUUGCAUGAUAGAGACGAACGCAUUCGGUACAUUCAUUCCAG